AAAAAAGUUGUAGAAAAUGGCAACUGAUAUUGAUCAACGAUUAAUUGAGAUGCAGCGAGAAUAUUUAGACUUUCUCGAUGAUGGGGAGGACCAAGGAAUCUACCAGCAAAAAGUUCGGGAUAUGAUAACAAACAACAACAUCAGACUUAACGUAAACAUCAAUGAUCUUCGAAGGAAAAACCAAAAGAGGGCUCAAAGCCUGUUGAACGAUGCAUUUGAAGAAGUUGUGGCAUUUCAAAGAGCACUGAAGGAAUUUGUUGCUUCAGCAGACCCCAUAUACAGCAAACAGAACGAAGAAUUCUUCGUAGGCUUUGAGGGAAGCUUUGGUGCAAAACAUGUGACCCCGAGAACACUGACAUCACGUUACCUUGGUAACAUGGUCUGUGUGGAGGGCAUUGUUACCAAGUGCUCUCUGAUCAGACCGAAGGUGGUGAGAAGUGUCCACUACUGUCCAAGCACCAAGAAAACCAUGGAGCGACGUUACACUGACAUGACCUCAUUGUCAGCAUUUCCAUCAUCUGCAGCUUACCCCACGAAGGAUGAAGAUGGAAACUUAUUGGAGACAGAAUAUGGGUUGUCUGUUUACAAAGAUCAUCAGACGUUCAGUAUACAGGAAAUGCCAGAGAAAGCCCCAGCUGGACAAUUGCCAAGAUCCAUUGACAUCGUUGCAGAUAAUGAUCUGGUAGACAAUUGUAAGCCUGGAGACAGAAUACAGGUGAUUGGAAUGUACAGAUGUCUGCCUGGAAAAAAGAAUGGAUUCACCACAGGAACGUUUAGGACAAUAAUGAUAGCCAACAAUGUCCAGCUUCUGAGUAAAGAGGUGGCACCCAUGUUUUCAGCAGAUGAUGUUGCCAAAAUAAAGAAAUUCAGCAGACAGAAAAACACGGAUGUGUUUGAGGUUCUUGGUCGAUCACUGGCACCUUCAAUCCAUGGGCAUGAUUACAUUAAAAAGGCAGUGUUGUGUAUGCUGCUCGGAGGAAAUGAGAAAGUGCUGGCUAAUGGAACACGUAUCAGGGGGGACAUCAAUGUUCUACUGAUAGGAGAUCCUUCAGUAGCAAAGUCACAGAUGUUACGAUAUGUUUUGCACACCGCACCAAGAGCCAUCCCAACAACAGGUCGAGGGUCAUCAGGUGUUGGUCUCACUGCUGCUGUGACGACAGACCAGGAAUCAGGUGAACGUCGGCUGGAGGCAGGUGCUAUGGUGUUGGCUGAUCGCGGUGUAGUCUGCAUUGAUGAGUUUGACAAGAUGUCUGACAUGGAUCGUACUGCCAUCCAUGAGGUGAUGGAACAGGGUCGUGUAACGAUAGCCAAGGCCGGUAUCCAUGCCAAACUCAAUGCCAGAUGUAGUGUUCUAGCUGCAGCAAACCCUGUAUAUGGCAGGUAUGACCAAUACAAGACUCCAAUGGAAAACAUCGGCCUCCAGGACUCACUUCUGUCUCGAUUUGAUCUUCUGUUUAUUGUACUAGAUAAGAUGGACCCAGAGCUUGACCGUUCGAUAUCUGACCAUGUGUUGAGAAUGCACCGUUACAGAAUGGCUGGUGAACAAGACGGAGAUGCAUUACCCUUGGGUAGCGCAGUCGACCUAUUAGCCACAACAGAUCCUGACCUUGAACGAGAAGAAGAACGGGAAACACCCAUUUUUGAAAAACAUGACAAAAUGUUGCAUGGAGCUAACAAGGGUAAAAGCCAUCGGAUUGUGAGUAUGCAGUUCAUGAGGAAGUACAUCCAUGUAGCUAAGGCACUGAAGCCUUCACUAACACGAGAGGCUGCUGAUCUCCUUGCUGAUGAAUAUGCAAAACUUCGCAACCAGGACAACUUCCAAAAUGACAACAUUGCAAGAACACAGCCAGUAACAGCUCGAGCGUUGGAGACAAUGAUUCGUUUAUCGACUGCCCAUGCCAAGGCACGUCUAUCAAAGACGGUAGAUCUGGAAGAUGCACAGGCAUGUGUUGAGCUUGUACAUUAUGCUUUCUUCAAAAAGGUUUUGGAAAAGACGAAAAAAAGACGGAGUGAUGAUACAGACGACAGCAGUCAGGAUGAAGCUGCUGAUGAAGUCGAUGGAGAAGUACCAACAAAGAAAAAACAGAGGAAAACCAAGGAAAUGCGAGCAAAGCGACCUGUCAGACAGGAAGGAGAUGAGGGUUACGAUCCUUAUGACUUUGACGAGAGCGAGGCUACUGCCAGCGAAGACGAUUCAGAAAUGACAGAAAGAAAGCCAAGGAAAAAGAGAACAAAAUCUCAGGAUGGGGACACUCCCAUGGACACACAACCAUCACAGAAAGCUGACAAAGUGGAUGAAGCCAGGAUGAAGACUUUCCGUGCAGCAUUGUUCAAUUUAUUCAAAGCAGAGCAUGCCCAGUCAGUGUCACUAGAUAAGGUGAAAGCCCAUGUGGCUAAGGAGUUUACAGAGGGCGACUUUUCAGAGGACAAUGUGUUUUCAGCUUUGGAACAAAUGAUGGAUGCAAACCAAGUGAUGUUGGCAGAUGAUGUGGUUUUCCUGAUUUAGAGGUGUUCCUGAGCUGGUGUGAACAUUCAGAGAAUGUUUCUGACAUGUUGCUACAUUCAGAGAAUGUUUCUGAUAUAGUGUCUACAUUAGAGAAGUUUCUGACCCAUGGCAUCAUUCAGGGUUGCAAUUUUCCAGAUUUUGAAAAGUACUCUUACCAGCACUGAAACAUGUAGGAGUAUAAAUGUGACAUUGAAUGUGAUCAGAUCUGAAUGCUUUCCAAGAAACAUGCCAAGACUUUGCAUCAAUAUUCUUAGAGUAUUGGGAAAUGUUUUUCUUACUUCAGUACUUUCCAUUGGAGCUAUGUGCUAUGGUCUAAAAUUGAGAAAAAUGGGUUAAGAUAAAGACAAUUUAUAGUGCUCUAUUAAUACCACAUUGACUACCACACUUACACCACAAUAAUGAUUAAAUUAUUACAUGUAUAGACACAUUUUAUAUAUUUGUACACGCAUCUGUACACAGUGCUCACUAAUAUGCAUGUUAUGUGCAUUGUAGAUUUGUGAAAAACAUUUGAUAAGUAUUUCUCUUAAAACAAAUGCAAUUUCAUUCUCAGGUUUUUGAUACAGAAUGAAUUCUGUUGAGUCACAGUUGACUGUUUAUUAGAAAUACAACUGAAGUGCAAUGUAUGUACAGAUAUUAUCAUGUUUAGCUGUCAAGAUAUGGAGUCCUGAUUUAAUUGACUCUUUCUGUGAAGACGGUAUAUCCUAAUUACAUAUAUGAGGAUGUUACCUGUUGUAGAUAUUUGUACUGUAAUAUAGACGACUCAAGUUAAGACAUGAUAGAAUUCUGCCUUGUAUAUCUAAAAAUGCCAACAGUAACCUACUCUGUUGAAUUUGAACAACCUAUACAAUGAGACGGAUAAAGGUCACUCAAGAGAGAAAAGUUCAAUAUUAAGAGGUGCCCUUUAUAUAGAGGUUACAUUGUCAUAAUUGGUGUGACUUUGGGAAAUCAAAGUAUAGAUGGCCCACAAGGCAGGUUUGACCUCAUUGUACAUGAAAUGAACUGCCUUGUAUUGCAUAUGUAUAGAAUGUAUAUAAAGACUGUG